AUGGCGAUUUGUUCGUCUGUUCCUGACGGAGAGCCAGGGAUCGAGUGCUGCCCCGCCUCGCUUUCACAAGCCUCUUUGUACUGGACGGUGGAGCCAGCCGCACGAUGGGGCUCUGGAUCUGCCUAUCGCUGCCCGCCCAUCGCCUUUCAACUCUGGUCGGCCUCGGUCUUGCUACUGCUUUCGCACUCGCGUCGGUUACUGGUGGAUUUUUAUUGA